GAGAGAGAAAGGAGGGAGAGAGAGAGGAAGAAGGUUUUGAUCAAUGCCGUCUUGAUCAAAAUGCGGAAACCCUAGUUUUCUCACACUCAGAAAAUAACUACGAACUCGGUCUUCGCUCCGAAUUGAUAGCGAGAUGACUGCCAAGGCAUCCUCCAUGAUUGCAUCUCCUCCUGUUGUUUGUGGUGAAUUUGGAAACAGUCCUCCGCAGCAGGCCGAGAAGAGGAACAAUCUACCAUGGGCUCGAGUAGUUAAAGGUGGUGAGGCAGAUGAGGCAAUGUCGUUGCCCCCGCCCCCUGAGCCUUCCAAGGAACAAUCGAUCUCUUCAGACUGUUCUUCAUCAAACAACAAUUUCACGGAGAACCACGUUGCCGCCCUAAACAAUGGCAAUGUGGGUUCUCCAAAGAAGACCGUUUGGAAUAAACCCUUAAAUGAACUUGUUGCACCGUCUCCUCCUGUAAUCGCUGGUGCUACCUCUUGGCCUGCUCUCUCCAAAUCCGCUCGUUUAGCUUCCAAAUCCAUGUUGGAUUCCUCAAAGCCGCCGCCGCCGCCUGUAGAAAACCAAUCAGUCUCCACCUCUAAGGAGCCUGUAAUCUCACAUGCACCAAGAAGGCAGGCUAAUACUAAUAGAAACUUUAACAGUGCUUCUCCAAACAACACGGCUAUAGACAAUCAUCAUCAAAGACCAUCUAGGCAUAACAUGAAUCACGGGGUCAGAAAUGCUGCGAACAAUGGCUUUGAUUGGCAGCGGGCACCUCCACCACCGCCACCGCAGUCUCCUUCACAUCAAUUGCCUUAUUAUGGCGUACCUAAUUAUCCCAGGCCUUACGGUUUUCCGAUGGUGGACAGUUCAGUGAGAGAGCCCUUUUACAAUGGCCAUAGUUGGGACGGAGGAAGACCUGUUGGUGGAGGGUUGGUUCCAAAUCCAAAGCCACAUGCUCAAGUUGAUCAGUCUUCACAGAGAAAUUCUUCUAGAAAAGGCAAUGGUUCACAUAUUGAUGGAAAUCAAGUUAGGUAUGAUUCAGAUCGGAACAGGAUUGCUGCUCAAAGCUCCAAUGUUAGAGAUGGUCAUGGUAAUCGGCAGCCGGUUCCUUACAGGGGAUUCCCACCACCUCCACCACCACCUAUGUCUGCCUUACCCUUUCCUCAGCCCAUGAGUCCUUAUGGACCCCCCCUUGGUUUUGCUUCUCCAAUUUUGUAUUAUCCGCCUCCUGUGGAGCAUUAUAUUUAUACUCCAUUUAUUGGCCAUGCACCACCGCCAUUACCAUCACAGAUGCAAAUGUAUAUUACUCCAUCUGUAGAUCCUUCUGUAAAGGAGUCGUUGAUUUACCAGAUUCAUUAUUACUUUAGUAAUGCUAAUCUGGAUAAAGACAAGUAUUUGAAGUCUUAUAUGGAUGAUCAAGGCUGGGUACCCCUUAGCUUAAUUGCUGGAUUUCCUAAAGUGAAGGCACUGACACAGGAAAUCAACGUCAUAUUGAACUCAUUGCGAGAUUCCACAGUGGUUGAAAUACAGGGUGACAAAAUAAGGAGGCGUGAUGACUGGAUGAACUGGAUCAUCCCUCGUUCGGGUCAGGUCAAUUCUGGAACAGAUUCUGAUUCAAAAUUACCCGCCGUAUCAGUUGAUAAUACAAUUACAACUUCUGAUCAAAAUACCAUCACUAGCGAUUAAUCGAGAUUCGAGAUCUUGAAAAAAAAAGGAACUGUCUGUCGGUUGAAUUGAUUUGCUGCAGAAGAAAAGGGAAUUCAUUUGAACCUGAAUCUUGCAUUUUUUUGACAGUUUUUGUUAUGGGUGCAGGAUCAGAUCUAAGUUUAAUUAUUACAGAGAACAUACUUUUUUCUUUUAUCAGAGUGGAUGCCAAAAAAACAAAAAAAAAUUGCACGAUUCAAUUCUAGCAUUCGCGUUAGGGGAAUCUAGAAUUGGGUUAUUUUAUUUUUUAUGAUAUGAACAAUUUAUAUAAGUAGAUGGUCUCUACCACCCAUUGCUACAUUUUGAAGGUAAAGGAAUUUGGUUGUUGAAGCCUUCCUUUAAUUUUUGUUAGAUUAUUAUUGCCAAAUUGAAUUUGAUGGAUUUUAUUUAUUGUUCAA